CCCGGUUCUUCUGCAUCUGCAGCCGCGAGAAGCAGUGCCUGUCUGCCAGUUGCUUAAGAUGUUAUAAUUGCUGGUUUUUAUGCGGAAUUUGCCAUGAUGACGAUAAUGAUAGUAAUGAUAAGGAGUAGAUUGCUCUGAAUUUGUGCCAGUCUCCAUUAAGGAGGAUCAGAACCCGGGACUCCCACAAACUGCCACACACGCAGCCAGUCUCGUUAUGUAAUCCCUGAGAUCAACUGUUAACCAGGCUUGGCUAUUCUUUUGAGGCAGAUAUUAAAUGCUUAAACCGAAAAGGAGACCCCACAGAAUGCAGGAGAUCUGGUUUGAUCAUGGGAGGCAGAGGCCAGUUAAGCUGGGAUCCAAAGCAUGGUUUAACGGCUCUUUACUUGCAGGCAGGUGAAAAGCAGAGGCAUCUGCCUCCUCUUCUACAUCUCUUGGAUGCAAAUAUAAGAAAGCGAUCCAGCAACAUUUGGCGUGAGGCUCGGCUUAGCAGCAUAUAAACCACACACCAAAGAAAAUCGACACAAAGAGACCUACAAAUGAAGUGUGAAAAUUGCACCAAAAAGGAAUGUAGUAAUAAACAGAGGAAUGAAGACCGGCAAAAUACACCAGCUGAUGUUCUCAACUCAAAUGAUGAAAAUGAAGAGAAAAGUGAAUUCCAUAAGUUGGCUAACGCGAAAAUAUUCCUUAGCGAUUGCUUAGCUUGUGACAACUGCAUAACAUCCGAUGAAGCAGUCCGAGUGUUCCAGCAGAAUCAGAAAGAGCUCUUCCAUGUACUGAACCUCAAUAAGAAAUGUGAUACCUCAAAACACAAAGUGUUGGCAGUGUCUAUAUGUCCUCAGUCCUUGCCUUAUUUUGCUGCAAAAUUCAGUCUCACUGUUACCGAAGCAGCCCAGAGGCUUUGUGGUUUCCUCAAAAGUCUUGGAGUGCAUUAUGUCUUUGACACUACAAUAGCUGCCGAUUUUAGUAUUCUGGAGAGCCAGAAGGAGUUUGUGCAACGGUACCGCCAUCAGAACCAAGAAGAGCAUGCCAUACCCAUGUUUGCUUCAGCUUGCCCAGGCUGGAUCCAGUAUGCCGAGAGAGUCCUCUCCAGUCUAGUGACGCCACACAUUUGUACUGCAAAGUCACCACAGCAGAUCAUGGGCUCCCUUGUCAAAGGUUAUUUUGCCAGGCAGCAGAAUCUGUCCCCUGAUAAAAUUUUCCACAUAAUUGUGGCACCUUGCUAUGACAAGAAGCUAGAAGCCUUGCGAGAAGAUUUCCACACCCCUCUGUACAAUUCUCAAGAUGUUGAUUGUGUUUUGACGUCAGGUGAAGUCUUCCAGAUAAUGGAGCAGAGCAAAGUAUCUUUGAGAGAAAUAGCUGAGGUGGCCUUUGAUACCCUGUUCGAUGGGGUAAAGGAGGCCGAGUUAAUCUGUCAUGAUGGAAGGAAGUCUGAUGGUUACCUGGAGCACAUAUUUAAAUAUGCUGCCAAGGAGCUCUUCGAUACUGAAGUGAAGGAUGUCGUAUACAAAGCGUUAAAAAACAAAGAUUUCCAGGAGGUCACAUUGGAAAAGGAUGGCGAGACGGUGCUACGCUUUGCAGCUGCGUAUGGCUUUCGAAACAUUCAGAAUAUGGUCCUGAAGUUGAAAAAGGGAAAGUGCUCCUACCACUUCAUAGAAGUUUUGGCCUGUCCUGGAGGUUGCCUAAAUGGAAAGGGUCAGGCUCAGACUGAAGAUGGAAAACCAGACAAAGCCCUGCUCAGGCAGAUGGAAGAUGUCUACGCCGCAGUUCCUGUCCGACUUCCUGAAACCAAUAGGCAAGUGCAGAAGCUCUACCAGGAAUGGCUGGGUGGGAUGGACUCCAUGAAGGUCCAGGAAUCAUUACAUACAAAAUACAGCACGGAAAAGCCAGCUGCCAACAAUUUGGAUAUCAAAUGGUGACCAAUCAAAGGACAAGACUUGCAGUAGGUUUGUUGUACAUAGAGCGCCGGCAACUAUUCUAUGCAACUGGAGACGGAGGUACUGCUUAAAUAUGUGAACAUUACAAAGAACUGGAACUGCCUUUGUUCUCCACCGGAAUUGUGUAGAGUUCAAUUGUUGCUUGAGUCUGUGUAUAUUUGGAAUGUCUUUAUUUAAUCGGAGCCUGAUACUGUCUGUGUUUGCGUCUGAGGACCUUUUAAGAGGCACAGCGAGUCUCUAAACUCCCAACAGAGGUACAUCGGUAUAGAAUAAAUUUACCAGAAUCAGGGCAUGUUGCAAUGUGCUUUGAUCCUGACUCUUAGUAUGCAAAUCUUUAUGCCAAGAAUCCAGUGCCAUGGAUUUUACUGCUCUCAGAAAGGUGUUGUGUUAGGUUUACAGUUUAUCUAAGGCUUUUUAUCAUUACCAAACAUCAUAUGCUACCAAAAUAUGACAAAACAAACUAACCAGUGAUGCCAUUUCCUACCGCAUCACCUCUGUUAACAUUUACUGCUUUGAUGCCAGUCAGAUUGGGUGGCACAAAGAAAGAAACUUUGCCCUGUAGCAGUAAUUAAUUUCCUUUUUAUCAGCUUUAAUGUCAUUUUGUGUGAUUCCUUUGAAAAAGUAGAAACUGCUUCCUGUUCUCUCGUUUAAUUGCCUUGCUUCUGUGGAUAUUUCUGGUCUGCUUUGGAGAUAAAAUAGGGAUCCUGGUCAUCUAGAAAGAGCAAGGCACAUGGGUGGCUGAAGAUGGUAGCAGUCAUGGGGGAAAUUAUCAAUCCAGGUGGUCAAAAGGUAAGGCAGCAGGUUCAUAUAGGAUCACUGGGCCAAAGUUGCAGAGGUGAGCAAGUCUAAUCCAGUGGAACUAGAGAUAAAGUUAUUCAGACACAAAGGCAGCCAAGCCCAGUCCAGGAAGUUAAUACACUUUUUGGCACUCAAGCCUGCCUAAUAGCAAAGUCCUAUGUGACACCUAAGGCAAGGAUGUUUCAGCAACUUCUUACACUGGUAUUAAACCCACUCAUUGGCAGAUUCUGCUUAGGUCAGACCCUGAUAUCUGUCAAGACUAAUCGGAUUUCACCCAUGAUAUUUCUUGAUGAGUGACUAAGGCUGCCCUUAUUUGGAAUUCUCAUUGAACUCAGUGUGACUUACUUCCUAGUAGACGUGCAUAGAACUGUGCUGUAACUACAGAACUACCAAGCACUGCCGAUGUACAGCCUUUGUCUGAAUAAAUGGGGGAGACCAAUGCAUGAUCACUGAAAUAUAUGGAGGCUGUACACCAGCAGUACUUGACGGAUCAUGCCACAAAACUGUAAUUCUAAACAGUAUCU